AUGGACAGAUAUGAAGGUGCCAAAUCCCUAAUGCAUUCCUAGAGUACUGUUGAAUAGACAUUUGAGAGAAAAGACAAAAGCCUCCAUCAUAAAGACAACAAGAUACAAAUAAUCAAGGCAGAAAGUUAAAAUAAAAAGAUCUCUUUAAAUUAAACUGAGAUGAUAUCCUUAAAACAAAAAACUAUGUAGAAGCGAAAAAAAAUUUGCAUAAAUAAAAAAAUCAGAAAAGCUUGGACUGCUUAAGAGGAUGAAUUGUUAAAACGUUCUAUACAAUAAUAUGGGUCAAAUUGGGUUCGAAUUGCCGCAUAAAUGGUUAAUAGAAAUCCAUCCUAAUGUACCUAAAGAUGGAAACGAAUCAAACCAUAAUCUGUAAUAUUAUUUAAAUAAGUCUAGUUAAAAAAAAGAAAACCUUUCUCAGAAGAGGAAGAUCAACUUAUAUUAUAAUUAGUUAAUAAAUACAAAUAAAAUUGGGGGAAAAUUGCACAACAAUUGCCUGAAAGGACUAAUAAAUAAAUUAGAGAGAGAUAUAUUAAUAAACUUAAUCCAUAAAACAAGUUUGAACCAUUUUCUGAAAAAGAAGAUCAAAUUAUCUUAGAAGCUUAUUAAGAAAUGGGAUCUAAAUGGACUAAAAUUUAAAACCUUUUGGUUGGUAGGCCAGUAAAUAUAUUACCAAAAUUAUUAGGAAAAUAUGAUUAAGAAUCGUUUUUACUCCUACUUGAGAUAAAAAUUUUUGAACAUUAAAAACCCAUAUUAUUCUAUUCCAUCCAAAACAGAGAUUACAAGUUUAGAUUCAAAAUCUAAAAUGGAAAAAGAUGAAUAAAUGACAGAAGAAAAACAAAUGAAAGAGAUUGAAUUCCAAAAAAUAAAAAUAGAAUAUUCUAACCAAAGAAAUAAUGAUAUUAAAGAAAUUUAAACUUAAUUACCUCUCGAACCUUAUCCAAAUAGUUAAAUUCCUUAAAAUUAAUUUCUUGGAAAUUUCUCUUGUAAUUUAUUUUAUUUUUAUGAAAGAUCCUUAAUUUUACAUAUAUUAAACUCCUAAUUCCAUAGUUUACACUCCAUUCUAAUAUGGACACAUAAAUUAUUAGAAUAAUCUAUUUUAAAAUCAGAUUUAUAUGGUUCAACAAGAAAAUAAUUAAUUUUAGUAUUUAUCAAAUUGA